GAAGAUUCACGUUUCCAUGCGGUGUGGACCAUCCCGCCGAAUUUGACUGUGCCAGAAAAGUAAAAUGUUCACACCGAGAAGCCAGGCGACUCGGCCCAAAUUCUCCCCCUUCACGGCCGGGAGGGUGACCAGAAACACCCCUUCGGGCAGGAGAAGUGUCGGGAUCUUCACUCCGGGCAAGAGAUCUCCUUUCGUGGGCAGAAGCCCAGCCCAGAACCGUAGCCUGAAUGCCUCAUCCAUUAUAGAGGAGACUACAGGCCAUGUGGUGCAGAGUUAUGGGUCAUCUCUACCUGUCCUGGUCACUGAGGCUCUCACACUGGCUGACCGAGAUACAGAACUGAGUGUUCACCUGGGUGAGAAUGGGUGGGCCUGGCUGGUUUGUGACAGGAAACUCUUCAUAUGGCGGUUCAAACAAGGGAUCACAAAGUCUGCGUUGUGUAAGGAACUGUCCCUCCCACCGAGUGACCUGUCCCACAGUGCAGACCUGGUCAGUGUCCAGCCCAGCGGUGAUGGCCACGCCGUGUCUGUCAUGGUGGCCUCGCCGGAGGGGAUCGUCCGUUACUGGCCCAGUCUGGCCCACGAGGGCUCGUGUGUGGAGAUCAGUGCUGAGGUGAACGGGGAGGAGUGUCUCUGUCUUACAUCAUGUCAGCCUCAAGGAUAUGUCCUUGCCACAGUGUCUGGGCAGCUCCUGCUGUUAACACCAGCAUCAGUGGCAGGACAGACCACAGUAAACAGCAGGAUACUGCAGGUACCACGAGGUAUGUUUGCUGGGAUAGGGAGGAGGGUUUCCUCACUGUUUGCCUUUGGAGCCCAGCCUGCAGAAGCCACUGGAGGCACUACAAUAUCAAGAGUUCUGUCUGGGCAAGAAACAGGCGAGGACACAAGGUCCCUGUACAUCCUGACAGGAAACUCACUCCAGAAGUGGGAAAUAUCCGACACAGGACCAGACAAGGUCUUGUUUGAAUGUGAGCUUGGUGAGAUGCUGAGGAACAAUGCAAUUCAAGCCAUCUGGGGCUCGUCACCAGAUGUUGCUGAUGUAGCUAACCGUGUUCAGCUGUGGAUUCUGGACAUGCAGCUGACAAGGGAUGGCACAGUGAUCUUGGCAAGUGUAUCAGAUCCUGAGGCAACACCUGCACAGAUGUACUUUGUUCUUGCUACCCUGCCUACAACUGGUGCCUCAGCUCCAUCCAGGUUAAGCAGCUUCUCCUUGGUAAACUACUCUGUCAAAUAUCAGCCACAAGAUCAAGAAGCUGCCCUGAACUACCAUCUUCUAGUGCCAGGUGUGCGUGGCAAAAGUGCUUACAUCUAUACAAACAACCUGGUGGUCUUUGCAACAGUGUCAGGCUUCCCCCAGCCUCAGGACAAGGUGGAGUUCCAGUCUCCUGGGGAUCGCAUUCUGGGAGCAGGUUGCUGUGAUGGACAAGCAUUGCUGUUCUCCAACAUCAGUGGCAUUGUCAUGGUCAGCAUGGUGGAUGUACAACCAAGUAUGGAUGACUCCUUGGCAGUUGAACCAUCCUCAAGGCCUGAGUCUGUGCUAGGAGGAGACAUGGAGACGAAGGUAGAGGAGUUGAGUAUGAGUGAAGACCAGGCCGCACGACUUAAGGGUGCCUUCUUACACUACUGCAGGAGGAAUGAGGUCCAAGCCCAGGCCAUAGUGGAUGAGCUGUUCCCACCAGAGGAUGCCCUCCCCACGGAGCCAGGCUCCAGACUGGACAGACUUGUGGCCCUGCUGAGUCAGGAGUUGAUUGACGACUACCCUGCCUCUGAUCCCAGAUGGGCGGAGUCUGUUCCUCAUGAUGCUGGCUCCUCCUCCAGCUCCCUGAUCCUGCUGCACCAGUUAGAAGACAAACAGAAGGCCCACGACUACCUGGUCACCUUCCUCAACACUGUGGGCAUCUGGGACCGGCUAACCUCAGUGAUGGUGAGGGACUCCUUCAUGCCUACACGACUCCUCCUGUGUGAACAUGCUGAGAAACUGCAGGCUGCCAUCACUCUCAGGAACCAACACUCGCAGUAUCCGAGUCUUGUAGACGCUGCCAUCAAGAGAGUCUUACAACAGAGGGGACAGGCUGUUCCACCUUCUGGACUCACCCCACAAGAUGUCUUCUACAGAGAGGUUUCUCGGAUCCAGGAUAUUCUAGAGGCACUAGUUGAGUACGAGGAAGAAGCCAUGGCUGGAGACAUGUCUGCCAGAGACAUGGUCAACCUCAUGGCUAACAUCAACACUAUCAUGCAGGCUAUGCUGCAGGCAGCCAGGAAACUUCGUCAGUCUAAGAACCUUGUUUACCAGGCCCAUGUGGACACUGGAGUCAAGGAACCAGAGUACAUUCCAUGGACAGCUUCUUCAGGAUCAAAAGGAGUGCGAUCUCUCAUCAAGAAACAGCAUGAGGUUACAGUUGAACAGGGCCUGCUGGAGGCUGCAGACGUCCAGACCAGAGGGACGUUCUACCAGCAGCUGCUGGAGCUGACAGACCUGCUGCUGGAUGGGUACAUCUGUCAGCUGGAGUCCCUGGGGGACGGGCAGGGAGACCUACACUACAUGGACAUCAAGGAGAAGUAUGAGGCAGACAGGGCAGCUUUCAUCAGACCUCUAGUUGAGGCAGGCCAGCACGAGCGAGCAGCCUCGCUGGCUGAGAAGUACUGUGACUUCAGUGUGCUGGUGCAGCUGUGUGAGGACACAGACAACCAGGAGAGGCUGGAGAGGUACAUGGUGCAGUUUGCUGACAAGGGAUUCUCUGACUUUCUGUUCAAGUGGUACAUGGAUACAGGAAAGCGUGGGAAGCUGUUGUCCCAACCGUCUUCCCAGAAUGCCGAGCUGGCCCAGUUCCUAGCUUCCCAUGAGCACUUGAGCUGGCUACAUGACAUCAACACCAGCAAGUGGGACAAGGCACAUUCAACUCUGAAGACAUUGGCAGCAAAGGAGACCAAAUAUGCUGCUAGAAAAAAGACUUUGCUGAGCAUCAGCAAACUGGCAGCUCUGGCAUCUGACCAACCACAGGACUUGAUACAACAGCAAGUCGGGGGAAUCAACAAUGAGCUGCAGCUGCUGUUCUUCCAGGAGAACCUGCCUGCAGAGGUGCUGCAGAACAAAGGUUUGGAUGCAGACAACAUGCCUGUACUAGCUCCACAUGAUCUUAUACAGUUGUAUGUUGGACCAGAAAAUGACAGAGCCAAUGAACAUGACUUCAACAAGGCCUUGGAUUUGAUGCAGUAUAUUGAUGAGGAUGAUCCAGCUUAUGAAGGUUUAAAGCUUCACAUCUGGGGUAGAGCCCUACUGAAGGAUGACUGGUCGAGUAUUUCCACAGAUGAGCCCCUGUCUGCCUGUAGUCACACAGUGUUCUUCAAAACUGUGGAGCUGGCCUUCAAAAAUGGUGUGGACCUACAGGAGUACCUGCCUGAUGUAGACAUGCUCCUGUCUUCAGAAGAACUGGGAGGUCUCAAGGACAACUCCAGUUUCCAGUACUUAGUCAGAGCAGGAUAUGAACAGAUCCAGAGAGUCAUGACACAGGAGUAAAAUAUACAUACUGGGGGAUUGUACACAUACUGUGAAAUUCCAGACAGUUUCUGCAUAAAUCCUAUUCACUGUUGAUAUCACAGCUUGUGUAUAGGGGACCAGUUAUGAUCUUUUUUCUGCUCCCCUUAAAAAGAUGUGUUAGCAACAUUUGUACAUGUUUUUGUAAGUAGAGGUAUCUCAGACAGUUACAAAAUCAGUGUCUAGACCGAGAAAAUGACAAUGUUUCUUGAUAGAUCAUGUUUUUCAAUGAUUUCUGAAGACAAGAUAUCCUUAGAAGAAAAUAUUAAUUAAUGUGAUUAAGUCCAGAGUUUUAGUCAUUUUACAGGCAAAUACAUGUACCGGUAUCUUCAUCUAUGUAUAACCCUUUCAUUUUGACUUGUACCUAUGUUCAAAGUAAGAUAUGGAUGCACAUGCGACAAUUGUGUAAGAUUCAAGAUGUUAUCUUUGGUACAGUCAUGAUAAAGAAACUAGUAAUGUCUACAUGUAGGUGGAAAGCACUGUAUUUCUUUCUGUAAUGUCACAUUU